AUGAAAAUUGCUAUAUAUAGGAACUGGAGACGUAUGGCGUUAGACGAGAGUACACCGGAAGCAAACAGAUCCGAUUAUGCCGUGUGGGAUUAUCCGUUGGAGGACAAGUUCACGAAGAUGUAUCUUGCGAUGAAAGACACAGGAUUUGUUCGCAGCGUGGAAGAAGCGGUGAAAAUGGUCCGGGAAGCAAACCGCACUUACGAGUUCGCCUUUAUAGCGGAAGCUAUAACCGUAAAAUAUCUGACGUUGACGAACUGCGACUUCAGACAGAUCGGGGAAGAGUUUGGCAAGAAACCGUUCGCUUUUGCGGUACAGAGGGACUCUCCUUUGAGGACGAAGCUCAAUGACGCGAUUACCAAGCUGGCAAUUGAACGGAGAUUAAACGCUCUGGAGAAGAAAUGGUGGGACGAAAAUCCUUCGAGAGCGAAUUGCCCGGCUGACAAGGAUUUUAACGCGGGCUUCGACGUCGACAAUUUGGCUGUUAUAUUCCUGCUAAUCCUUCUCGGUAUAUUGCUCGCUGUUCUAAUACUCUGCCUUCAAUAUUGCUGGUAUUGCUAUCAGUUAAAUAGAAGAAUAAAAAAAGUAGGCCUGUAUGCGACAACGCGAUACAAUUCUCGUAGAAAAUAAAUAAAAACAGAAAAAUGACAAUAACAUGGCAUAUUUGCACGUUUUCCAUGCUGUUUUGUACGUGUGUGUGCUUCCGUGAACGCACAGCCGUAUUUUUUCAAACUAUGUAAUAAAACACAGCAACGAAAAAAGUGAAUGUUAAUCAGAGGAAAAUGGUUGUUUCCUUUUGCCGGUUUUGUUUGUUCAUCAGUUUCGCGUAUCGCGUUGUGACGCAGCCGAGGCAUACGUAGAUUCCGAUAUUUUCGACUAGCAUGUACACAUCGAUCAACUAACUUUGCCCGUUGUUCUUUUCUUUAUCCUUAACUAACAUUAAAAUCAUUCCCACCGAUCGUUUGAACGAUUUCCAGAAAAAAAAAAAAAAAGGAAAAGAAAGAAGGAAAGAAUCAAUUUCGUCGCAAGUGGUCACGAUUUCCAGUCACAAAGAUAUCGAUAACGCGUUAAAAUGAAAGUUUCAACGAUACACGUGACGAGAGGAAACUAACGAUCGACUGGUCAAUUACGAGAUAACGAGAGGUGACGGCACGCGACGCGUGACAUGCAAAUUUUUCGCGGUGACUCAACGUCGUACGCGACGACUGUUCUCUUCGCGGCGAUGCGAGACGAUCUGCGAUCGAAAAUUUCGACGAGAAAUUAUCGAAAGGGAACGAAAGAGACAAGCCGCGUCGAUAGGAAAAAUCGAGUGGAUCACGGCCGUGGCGACCGAUGGACGAAAACGAACGAAACGAGGCGAAAGCUUAGC